AUGCAAAAUGUCAGGCUGGCUGAUUCACAAACUCGAAUUAAGAUGGCCAGGAGAAAUAUCAACAACCUUAGAUAUACAGACGAUACUACACAAAUGGCGGAAAGCAAAGAGGAACUAAAGAGCCUCUUGAUGAGGGUGAAAAGGGACACUGUGACCAAGGCCCAGAAGAAGGACAGCAAGAAGCGCAAGCGCAGCCGCAAGGAGAGCUACUCCGUGUACAUGUACAAGGUGCUGAAGCAAGUUCAUCCGGACACCGGCAUCUCGUCCAAGGCCAUGGGAAUCAUGAACCCCUUCCUCAACGACAUUUUCGAGCACAUUGCUAGCGAGGCAUCGCGCCUGGCGCAUUACAACAAGCGCUCAACUAUCACUCCCAGGGAGAUCCAGACUGCCGUGCGCUUGCUGCUACCUGGGGAGCUGGCCAAGCAUGCCGUGUCCGAGGGCACUAAGGCUGUCACCAAGUAUACCAGCUCCAAGUAA